AUCUCCAGGCGCAAGGCCGCAGCACAAGAGGGGCCUCCUUUUCCCCCUUCCUCCCCUCGCCUCCCCUCGCCGCCGGGAUGCAGGCGGCGGCUCGGAGGGCCGCGGCGGCGGCGGCGGCGGCGUCGGCGGGCUUCCACUCCACCGCAGCGGUGCUCUCCAAAUCCACGCCUCGGAUCCGGUUCAACGUCCGCGAGAAGCGCGCCGACGCCAAGAGCGCUCUCAAGAACAUCCUACUCAAUGGCGGCCCCUGCCAGGAAAGAAGUAAUAAACAACAAAUGAGGCAGCACAAAGUUGGUGGCAGAUCAAAAGUCCGACCCGGUUCUGGAAAUAAUCCAUAUAGCAAGGACAGACGUGGGAUAGACUGGAGGAACUUUGAUGACGGUGACUGCAGCGAUAGCCCUUACGGGAGCUAUGGCGGCAAGACAUCUUUUACGUGGUACUGGUCCGGGGAGGAGGAUGAGGAUGACCUUCCUAAUGGGUUCCAAUGGAGGGACGAGCCUCGACCGAACAAAUCAAAGGAAAGAGUUUGGAACGAGAGCGAUGUGGAUGAGGAAGAGGCCCCUCGUCGCGAUGAUCUGAAAAGCCAUAGGAUAUCCCUUGGCUUGCCAGCCUUGGGUCCCUUAAAGCUUGAUCAUAUCAAGUCCGCUUUUCGCGCGUCGGCUCUCAAGUGGCACCCGGACAAGCACCAAGGAUCUUCACAGACUGAAGCAGAGGAGAAGUUCAGGCGCUGCGUCGAAGCGUACAACGCCUUGUCUGGUGCCUUCAAAUCAAGUAGCGCUAAGUAGCCACCGGUCUGGUUCAUGACAAGCAUGCAGGAAUAAAGGGAAUUCUCCUUUCCAGGAGUUGGGUAGCGUCGACGAAACUAGGGUUUCGGAACCAACGGAGCAAGUAUUUGGUGCCCAUAUUCAUCAGGAAUCUGAAGAUGAGCCCCUAGCAGAAGAAUAGGAGAUGAGAUAAAUGAACACAUAGUCAGAAUGAGUUGUAAGGAGGGUUUGUUGCUUUGAACUAGGAAGCAUUGCAUUCAUGUAAUAUAUACGAAUUUUGAACCAGAACUCAAAUUAUUUCAAAGCGUCAGCUAAUGCACAAUGUUCCUAAUAAAGGCAAUGUUUUUGUCCA